AUGGAGCGGCUGAAGUUAGUCCUGCAGUACUUCCAGUCCAAUUCUGAGUCCAUCUCUAAUGGUAUCUGCAUCAUCCUCGCCCUGGUCAGUGUCAAGCUCUACACCUGCUUCGACUUCAACUGCCCAUGCGUGCCUCCCUCAGCAGUGGGAUGGUCCAUCCUCCUGUUCCUGAUCAUACUGGGAGCAAUGGGACACCUCAUCAAGCCCUGCUUUGAAGAACACACCAGCUUCUUGCAGACGCGCUACUGGAGCAACUACCUCGACGUGGAGCAGAAGCUUUUUGACGAAACCUGCGUCUUGCACGCUCACGACUUUGCCAGAAAAUGUGUGGUGCAGUUCUUCGAGGACAUGAGGGAGGACGCCGUACUCCGUCUCCCGCACCCACCUUUCGUUUGCAACAGUAGAGAGGGGUGGGAGGACGAAGAGGACAGACUUCAUGGGGUAACAAAGGAGGAUCCGAAGAACCAGCUGCUCAAUAAGUGGUACUACAGUAAACCUGAGCUGGAUGUGACUAGGAUURUCCACAGACCAAAGACCUGUGUCACCUGGGAGGACCUGGACGGGAAGACUUUAUACUCUGAUGUGUAG